AUGCGCCGCACAAGUGACACGCAUCACCUACAGCUGUCUCGUUCGACUACGAUUAGUUUAGCCUCUAAGAACGUCACUUUCGAAACUACUAACGUACCAUCAUCGUCAGUCUAUCUGACGUAUCACCAACCAAAGGUCCUUCGGAUGCAGCUAUUGAGCGAAGACUUGAAUACUGCAACAGUUUGGCGCCGGCUUCAGCAUGCCAUCCUGACGCUAGGCGAUCGGCUCGUUGUCGGCGUCAAACACAUCGAAUCAUGCACAGAUAAGUUGACAAGUAUUUCGGAGCUUGAGAGCUGCAAGUCCCAUGAUUUGGCUGCAGAUAUGGAUACGUCCUGGCCAUCUUUAGGCGACGUGAACCCCGAAUGA